AUGAUUGGGUGUUGCAACGCAGCGUCCAUAAACGAUACGCGCAUAAUAACCACUCUGAAAUACUCAAACUUCCGCGUGAAGCCCACAGUGGUCAGUGGGACGGCAGUGAAGAUCUAUGAAGUUCCAUACUUAGUUUCACUAAAAGAAAUAAACAAGAGAAUUGAUAAAAUAAACUAUAAAUGGUCUAAUCUUUGCGGCGGAAGUAUCAUUGGUGAUUCAAGGGUCCUCACAGCAGCGCAUUGCUUCGAAGACAAUAACUUUUACUACGCAAGGAAAUUUGAAAAACUAGGAGUCGCCGCUGGAUCCGUUUACACUAAUCUGGUACAUGACGGCCGUCCCCACGGACGUGUAACCACGGACGCUGGACAAUGGAGGAAAUUAGAGCAGGUUCUCAUACAUCCCGAGUUCUUGUUUCCUUUGAACGACAUAGCUGUGGUAUACGUCACUUCUGAUUGGUCGUUCAAUGUCAACGUGCAACCGGUUUCUUUUUCAAAAGUGAAUUUGGAUUAUCCGAGCGAGUGCUACAUUGCUGGGUAUGGAAGGAAAGGUCAUGACAAGUCUAGUGUCACGACGGACGUGUUGCUCACAGCCGCAAUUCGCCUUUUCACGAAGUUGCAAUGCACCGUCGUUUGGCAAAUGAACAUGGACACUUAUAUAUGUACCGAUGCUAGUUUGGGCGAUGUCAGCAGUGGCGAUUCUGGGGGGCCUCUGAUUUGUUAUGGAACGAAAGAAGCUGGUGACGCUCCGCUAUUGGUCGGCGUGGUCAGCGACUGA